GUGGUCCUCCUAGGAGAAAAACACCGUCCAGAAAAGCAAAAACGUUGCAUGUUUUCGUAAAGUUUCUUCAGCUUCAAAACACAUCAUGAAACUUCGGAAAUGACACAAAAUCUCGCUAACACAUGAAGUGACGGAUUUUAAUUGUUUGUCCUCGGGAGUAAAGUUGGGAAACUACGAGUUGAAAAUGGAGAGCCCAGCUGAGUGAGAGUGGGGUGAGGAGGCUGGAUUUGGCAAAGUUGGGAGUCCUGCCCUGAUGCUAACAGGCUAGUUAGCAUGCUAAGACACUUCGUUAUCUCGGAUAAGUAAUGAGAGCUCCCCUCCACUGUUCUCCAGCCUGUGAUUCUGCAGGGGAGCUGCUUUAUCUGUGGCUGCUGACAUUGCAGCUUCCAUCAAUGGAUCGGAUCGUAGAUUAUCUUAUUUUCUGUGGAAGUUCUGCUUGAAUCUUUCUGCGUUUCACCUCAAGGCAACCACACAUAAACCUGUUUCGGGAACUUCUCUCCCUCCCCUGAUCAAUUAUUUUUGUCCCAAGAGCUUCCAUACUAGCUGUGCUCAUGCAGUUUUCAAUCAAACAUUUGACAUAUUUCUUCCUCUGAGAUGGGGCCCUGGUUGGUUCUUCAAGGGGCUUGAGGUACCCCCCAGCCUGCCGACUGCGCAGUGUGUGUGAGACCCGAGGCACAGGGCCAUAAAAGAACACUAUUACAAAAGACAACCAGUGAUACAGUACUUGCUGAUGGAGCCCAGACACACACCGUGCUUGCCCAGAAUAUAUUCAUGAAUUUGGGGAUUUUUUUUUAACCAGACUUAAGUGGAUGUAUCGGGUGUAUUCGUGACUGCUGAUGCCAGCUCGUUGGGACUUGAGUGGGUGUAAUCAGCUUUAUUCAUGAACCCUCUGUCUGAGUGAGGCCACAGCCUGGAUGUUGGAUGCCCUGAGUGUUGAAUCAGCUGUUGCGGUGAUGAAGCAGGGCUCCUGGGGGCCUGUGUGGCUGGCUGGGCAGCGGCCCAAGGUGAUGUGAUGGGGUGCAGGAACAGUAAGGUCCUCCCUGAGCCUCCAGGGGAUGUUCAGUUGGACCUCGUCAAAAAGGUUGAUCCUCCCCAACCUCUUCAGACAGAUAUCUAUAAGCACUUCAUACGAGGGGAUGGCACUAGGAGCAAGAUGGGCGGGGCCGGUGGAGGGGGCGGGGACAAGGCUGACUCCACCUCCCCAUAUCAGGCCCAGGCCCAAGCUGCAACUCCCACCGCUUCCGCCCAACCCCCUAAGGACCCGUCCGAUCUGUCGGACCCUCAGCGGAAGAAGGUGGCAAAAUACAGAGCCAAAUUCGACCCCAGGGUCACGGCCAAGUACGACAUCAAAGCUCUGAUAGGCCGCGGGAGUUUUAGCCGGGUCGUUCGCGUGGAGCACAAAAGCACGCGGCAGCCAUACGCCAUCAAGAUGAUUGAGACCCGCUACCGGGAGGGGAGGGAGGUGUGCGAGUCAGAGCUGUGUGUCCUGCGCCGUGUCCGUCAUACUAAUAUCAUCCAGCUGAUGGAGGUGUUUGAGACGGCAGAACGUGUGUACAUGGUCAUGGAGUUGGCCACCGGUGGGGAGCUAUUCGACCGCAUCAUCGCACGCGGCUCCUUCACAGAACGUGACGCCACGCGGGUGCUGCAGAUGGUUCUGGAAGGCGUCAAGUACCUCCACACUUUGGGGAUCACUCACCGAGACCUGAAGCCGGAGAACCUGCUAUACUACCACCCCGGAGCCGAUUCCAAGAUCAUCAUCACCGACUUCGGUCUGGCCAGCAGCAGGAAGAAGGGGGACGAGUGUCUGAUGAAGACCACCUGCGGCACGCCAGAGUACAUCGCCCCUGAGAUCCUGGUGAGGAAGCCCUAUACGAACGCCGUAGACAUGUGGGCACUGGGGGUGAUCUCGUACAUCCUGCUGAGCGGAACCAUGCCCUUCGAGGACGACAACCGCAUGAGGCUGUACCGGCAGAUCCUCAAGGGGAAGUACAGCUUCUCUGGAGAGCCGUGGCCCAAUGUGUCCAACCUGGCCAAAGACUUUGUGGAGCGGAUCCUGAUGGUGGACCCCAGCGAGCGGCUCACAGCGGGCCAGGCCAUCAAGCACCCCUGGGUGGUCAGCAUGGCCGCCUCCUCCUCCAACAAGAACCUCCAGCGCUCCAUAUCUCAGAACCUCCUGAAGCGGGCGUCGUCGCGCUGCCACAGCACCAAGUCGUCGCAGUCCACCCGCUCCAGCCGCUCCACCAAAUCCAACAAGGCCCGGCGGGUGAGGGAGAAGGAGCUGCGGGAGCUGAACCGCCGCUAUCAGCAGCAGUACAAUGGCUGAAACUGGGACCACAACCUUAUACUUUAAGGGGAAACAGCACUACAAUGACUGACAUUUUCAAAAUGACCACCACCGUUCGAAGUUGCCGCCAGUGUUUGAGGCCAAAAUGGCAAAUUAUACCUUUAAAAAAAGACAAAAAUGGAUGAAAAGUAGCUGCUGCCAUUUGAGAAUUCCUCUUGCAGCGAGUCUCCGAAUGACAGAAAAAGACAAACCACAGAAGUCUUGAACUCCAAGGGUUACAUCAUCUCUCCAUCCAUUCCUUCACUUUUUUCUCAGGAAGGAUGGUGCCUUCCACUCCUUUUUUGCUUUUCUUACAAUCCCUAUGUCUCUACGUAUUUAUUUAUUAUUGUUGACAUGAUUAUUAGUCUCCAUUCAAACGGUCACUGGAUAAUGACUUUCUGCGAGGAUCUGUUGAACAGAGUUCUGGGUUACUGACGUUUCUAAGAAGAAAAGGGGAUUCCCCUCGGUCAUUCCUGAUUGGAAAUUGCUGUGAAUUUAUUAUUGUACAGACCUUGUCUACAGAUGUGGGUGACGCAAGCACACUGCAACCAAACCACACCCUCGAAGGUCAAAAUGAAGGCGUAUUUUUUAUUAGUCUAAGCUUAUCUACUCUUGCCAUUAUUGCCUUGUUGAUAUCAUUGUUCUAAAACUGUCAAAAGAUUGUGAAGCUGUUUUGUGUAGAAUCUUCAAUGUAUUGUAUUAGACAAUAGGCCACACAGCCCCACUCCCAAUGACAUUUACAGAUCAUUAGAUUUAACCAUGAAGUACCUGGUAUGAUCCCUUUGUAUUGUAAAGCAGUAUUCUAAUAAUUCACUGUCUUUGUGAAGGUAAACAUCUCUGCUGUUUGUUGGACCAGCUCUUUGUAAGUUCAAUGUUAGCUUGGCCUUAAGAUACAUUUUUAUUAAGUGGAGAUAAAUGCAACAAAAUUAAAGCAAGUUGUAAAACACAAACACAUUUUCCUAAAAGAACAGCUGUUGCCAAACUGCACUACAACUUGUUUCCUAGCUAAACCGACUGACAAAGCUAACAUAAUGUUAGCUUGCUAAUAUGAGACCAGUUCAGAAUGAGGAGAUAAGAGCUAUGUGACCCGACAGCUUGCAAUAAAAAUGCUUUUAAGAAAUCCUUUUAAGUGGAAAGACUUAAAAUGGAAUUUCCUGAAAAUAAUAAUAAAUGUUAUGCCCUAAAAACAGUAUUAAUUCAAGCUAGUUUAGCAUUAGCUAGUAAUGCUCCGAAAACAGUCUUUUAAAGCCAAUGGUGCAUUUGCAAACCCCCCAAUGCCCAAUUUCCCGAGUUGGGAAAUCGUUUUCCCAACUUCAUGUGUGUUCAUGAGCAUGGAUGCUCCUAAUAAGAUAUUGUAUUUUUUCCUCUGAAUGUUUAAACAACAGCUGUUUCUAUGUUGUUGUUCCAAGUGGGGGAGUUCCUGAGAAUGUUCAUGGAUUUACAAACAGCUUGUGCAACCCAACCUGAGUCCUGCCAUCGUUCCUUGCUAGCCUCUGUUUUACCAACAUCUUUAACGAAGUGAAUGUCUUUUGAACAAUGAAAAGAUUGCGUUUUUCACUCCAAGCUGCCAUUUUAAGGGCUAGAUUCCCAUUCAGCACACAAUAUAGGGCGAAGAAUCAAGAAAACAUGAUUCUGUUUAUUUUUUUAGAGACUUACCAAGUUAGAUGUAGAAGCUUGUGGAGCAGAUGCUAACCACUAGUUUUUCAGUGAUAAGGUAUACCAGCAACUCUCAGGCUGAAAAACAGUCCUCAGUGUAAAACUACACUUAUGACCAAAAUGAAGGAAACCACUGAAGACAAUGAGGAGCUUUUGGAGGUAUAACAAAAUAUGAAUUACAGAACCUAGCAUAUAUAUAGCAACCAUGCAAGUUUUCUUUAGUUCCUUUCGCCUGUAAGUGCACUUAAGCUGCUCUCUACUUCAAAUCCACCUUAAUGAUAGUAAUAAAACAAUAUGUCUCUUUCGGUUACAAAAUGAAGUUCAGUCGCUAUUGGUUAUUACAACCUUUAAAAUAAUGACAUUAAUCUGAAUCAACACUAAACUAGCAAUUUUGUUUGUGUAAUAUCAUCUUAAACUUUGUCAAAAUAAUGUAAUGAUUGUUAUUGAAUCUUUUUGACUCCUUUUAGUUUGAAAAGCACUUAACAGUUAAAAUGUGUCCAUCCUUCUUUCUUAAAUCGGACCUGUUAACUGUGUUUUUAUAUAUGUUGUCCAUUCAGAGCUCUCCCAGAGUGAACCAGUUGCUACAGUGUGGUCUUUUCUCUUUACAGGAGUAUUUUUGCUGUGAUUUACCCCACACUUAUAACAUGUGUUGCUGUUGUGAACUUUUUAACACGUACUGGAAACCUAACCGAGCCAUGUCAGCUGACCUCAGUUUUUUUGCUUUUUAUUUGUCUAUUUUUUCUUUCCUUUCUACCGGGAUGUUCGGUAAUUUCUCAAUUUUCCUCGAUGAAAGAUUGAUUUAAGAUCGUAUAUUCUUCUGUCCCACCGAUUGUUAUCCCUGAUGUCUCACCUCUAAAUUGUUUAUAUAGACUGCAAGUGAGGCUUACAUUGGAACUGGUACGCUCUUAAUUUUAACUGUCUUAAUUUUGAUAGAUAUUCCAUCCAAAAUGUGUCUUUUUUUUUAUAUAUCAAAUGCACUCUGUCGGGUGUUUUGGGUGAGGUAUUGCUCAUGAUGUGGCCUACAUUCUGUUAGUUGGUUCAUCAAUGGUGUCUGUGUGAAGUAAACAUUUUGAACACGUGUUACAAGUCACAAAAUAAUAAUUUGGACUCAAAAGAAUUGCUGUGGAUGACGUAGGCAGCAACAUUGUUUAGUGCCUUUUGUAUAAAAUGUACAACAAAUAACCAAAUCAGUUCAUUAGCAGAAUGUCAGCACAUUUGUAAAAGUGUUUACUUUCAUGUUUUUAUAUAUCUGUGUGAUUUUAUAUAAAUGCUGUCCUAUUUGAAGUAGCCAACUCAUCACUGUUAUCUGAAAACAGUUUUUUGUUACUGUGUGUCUAAAUGAAUGAUAACACUUUGAUUCUUCUACCAUUAACUUUUUUUAUUUUUUUAAAGGUGAGUUGUAUGUGCCAAUAAAACACUCGAACCUGA